AUGGACAACAACGCAUACAACAAAGCGGGCCAGCCCAUUCUUACCAAGGUGGUUUCGAGCAAGAAAUCGUUCAUGCUAAAGAGUGCUACCGGUGUCGCCAUACUCAUCAUGGACAUAAUUCUCAUCGGCGUUGCUGCUGGCAGCUUGAGUGCCCCUGGAGUGUAUACUUGGUAUUAUUAUUUCUCCCCAUUCUACAACUUUGUCUUUUGCGUCCCGACGGCCAUUCUGUCCUUUGGAUGGCAGGUAGCUGAGUUCAUCACCGUCGCGGUCCGCAAGGAUCGUGGGAUCCACCCGGGUGCGCACGUCGGCAUGCACCUCGUCAUCUGGCUCUCCUACAUCGUCGCCGCCGUGUAUUCCGGCUUUGAGGUUCAGAGGCUCGACCACUAUAACAGGUAUCCAUACGACGGCUACCGCUCAUCGCGCACUGCUGCUUCCGAUAUCCAGGCGGGAAUCAAGAAGAUUUUCUCAUUCCAGGUUGCUGUUUUGGUGUUUGUGGUGCUGUUGGUUCUUGCACACUUUGCCCUGUUUGUUCGCGCUUGCAUUGAGACGCACCGCCGAAACAAGCAGAUCCGUGGUGUCUACGUCCAGGCUAAACAGACCGAUCAGCAGUGGGGCGGCAAUCAGGCCUAG